GUCGAAGCGAAAUGUCACCCAACCCGAUCUCGUGCAUUGACGCAUUCAAGCGAGGAGAUUACUCGACGAUGCGAUUCAGGACACUCAUUCCGUCUCUUGGGUCUCAUCCACCCACAUUCUCGACCUGGACUCCUGAGCUACCUGUAGCCACUGCACUACAUAUCUUGCACUGUCCAUCUUGACCAAGCGGUAUCUGUCCCAUUGAUCAUCCCUCAAAGUCUUCUGCUCUUGUCCUCUCCAGGUUUAGCCCGAACCGCUCGACCGCCUACCCAUUCUUUCCGCGAUGGGCGGCAACGCAUUGGGACGACAAGCGAACCGUAUGAGUCUACCUCAACAUCGAGCCUUUUCGACCUAUUGUCAAGAACGACUCGAACCAUUUUUCAAGGGCAUCUACAAGUGGAAAGAUCUCAAAGACAAGGAGUCGCAUGGAGAUUUGGACCUCGUUUGCGCCUGGGACGAGUAUGAUCCUACCGCCCAUGUCAAAGGGUACGAAGAGGAUCUAAGGUUUACACAUCAAGUUCAAGAACGAAAGGGCAUACCGUCUGCCAGUAACGCCAGCCCUAACUCUGGCUUAUCCGUAGCGGGAGAUGGAGCCACAGUACAAGCGCCGGGUGGCAAGGCUACCUGGUCGAAAGGCCUGGCACUGCACCCGGACAAUCUCAAAUUCCGAGCCUGGGUCUCAGACUUGGCCAAAGCUCUCAACGCAUCUGCCUGGGCGAGGAACGGUAUCAAGACCCCCAUCAUCUCGUUUGCAGUCCUAUGUGAAGAUCUCCCCUUUGAAGAAGCUCAGGACGUUCAGCCAACCGAAGAACAAAAGGCAGCAGGCCAUGAGCCCUUUUGGCAAGUCGAUUGUAUCACCGUACCCAGCUCCACCGCCUCAUUUGCGCUCCUGUCUACGUCCUAUGGCGACUCCCUCGUUGUCCUUUCCUACGCACUCAAAAUACUCUGCCCAUCGUUCAGCCUCAGCUCCACGCAGUUCAACCUCAAACAUUCCCCAUUCAGCGGUAUUCCUCCAAUUCAAGUGCAGCUCACCACAGACCCUGUGCCCUUCUGUAAAUGGCUAGGCGUAGACUAUGACAAGUGGCAAGCGACAACAUUUGCAGAUAACCAUGAGCUCUGGGAAUGGCUCACAAACGUUGAGCCUUCCAGCAUCCUCGGAACCAUCUGGAUCAAGUUGGCUGCGCCGCGAAAGGAGGAUCACGACAAGGAUUUUGAAACUGGGGAUGGGACACCCGUCAUACGGAAUCACGUAAGGAAGAUCUCAGGCGUUGCAAAGUUUCUCAAAUGGUUAAGGAGACCAGAUUCUCAUUGGGUCAAGCUGGCUGUUGAGUGUGAAGCCGCAAAGUUGGGAGAGUCCACCAUCAACCCCUCUUCUUGUGACGAUACAGCUCGGUCUGUGGCUUCUGCAGAGCCUAGCCCCAUCAGUACCUCGGUCGAGCAGCUCAUCUUAGACCCUGGAUCGCCGUCUCCCCUGGACAACCACGCACGAGACGCUCUGACAUUCUGGGACUGUCAGUCAGAAUACAAUGUUCAAUACGCCGAUAGGCAAGGUCAAGCGCGGCUGCUGGCGGAACGGCGACAGAAACACUUGGAAAACAAGGCCAAGCAAGAGGCUCAGCUUGCUUCAUUGGCCCAAGGCGUUGAUCAGUUGAAGAUUGUGAAUUCUCAAGUGGACUUGUGAGGUCAGUCAGGGUAUAGGAGGAGAGGUCACUGGCUCGCCAUUGUGGGUCUCACUCAGUUGUCGUGAAUAUCCUCCAUUCAUCCUGUCCCGUCGUCUUUCUCAUCCUCAGUGGCGAUGUGUUGUAUCUCUGACUUAUACCUUGUAUGGAUUGGCUGGUCCACCCAUCUUAACGAGUCACGCUCAUGAAUCGUACGAUGUAUAGAAUGCUCUUUUGUUUACAGACGAAGCGACGUUCGCGCUAUGCACAGGUGUCAUGCAUG